CUAUUGGACAGCCAUUGGAGAGUUCGCUUCACGCGCUCACUAGCUCGGGUUCUGCCCACGACGGUGAUGGCGCUGAGCUGGACCUUGGUGGUGACAGGGCUUGUGGUAGCUCUGCCUGCCGCUCACCCACACCCACACCCAUACCCGCACACCCAUGCGAUGUGCGUGAUGAUGGACAGGCCAUACCAGGGGGCGCGGCACCUGUUGGCUGGCAGCCUGCCUCACUGCCUGCGGGACAUCAAGCCGUUCAAGUACCACCGCUCUGCCCUCAGACGCUGCAAGAACCAGGUCAAGAAGAGUCUCAUCAUGGAUAGGGGGGACUUCAAGAAGGAUCUGCUCGAUCCGGAGACUAUGGAAGGUGUGAUGGCGGAGGCGUGGGAGGGCGUGGCGGCGUGUCUGGUUGAGAGGCUGCAGCUGAAGAUGGAGGACGGUACACUGGACACCAAGAAGCUGGUCAGGGUUACUGCUGGGAUGGGAGGAAAGGACAUUUGGAAAGUGAAGUACAUGCGAGCGAUGGUGAUCACCUGUGCUGACAACACCACUGCCGAUAAUGCCACACAGCAACUGAAGGACGUGAUGGAGUGCGUGCGGGCGGGUGCGCUAGAGUUCUGUGAGAGUAAGAUGGCGUUCGCUAAACAGUGGUUGCAGUCCUCCGCUGAAGUGUCUGUCUGUAGCUCUGUGGUGGUGCCUCCUGAGCCCCGGGAGGCGUGUGUGGCGUGCGCGGAGGAGCUGGGCGUGUCCGAGGCAAUGUGUGGCAGCGACGGUACAGAGAGCGACACUCUGGAAGAGGAAGACGGCAAGACAAUUCACUUACCGGACAGUAUGCAGCUUGACCCAGAGGAGGCGGAGUGGGCGGUUCGGCUGUGUGCUAGUGAGCGGCUGGGUUGGUAUCGCCCCACGGAAGGCUUCCUCUUCACCGAGAUGAGCGAGGCCAUCGCAAACUUCACUGGCUGGGAGGACAUUCCGCAGGUGCGGGACAACGUGACCCAGACCAUUGUAGACUGCGCGCCGUCCUUCGAGGGAGACGUGCAGGUGCAGGCUGCGCUGUGGACCUCCUGCUUCAUGACCACCAUUUUUGACACGUGUGGCUUCAGGAGCAACCUCACCGCCAUGUUCUUCCCGGGUCUACACCACACCAUGCGCCGUGAGGUGAGGCAGCUGAUGCGCGGCCUGGUGGAGGUGGGCGACCUGGGCGACGACGAUGAUGACCUGGACGAGAGUGACGCUGAGCUGGUUGAUGCCGGGCUGCUGCAGAGUUCUCUCAUGGAGGAGACGCAGAUGGAGGAUGGUGGCACCGACGGUCCGAAAGUCAGGUCCGCCAGUAUGAAGGACCACAGCACGAGUGGCUCCGGGAAGAUGGAUAAACAAAAUGAGACUAAAGUUGGCCACGAGCCGGCGACCAGCGAGCCCUCGGAGGAUGUCUCCAGUGACAGGCCUCUGGAGGCAGACCCUAGCGGCACCCCUUCUGGCGAGUCGAUUGGCACUCCUCCCGCUGACUCCACGCAGGAAGGGUCCAGCGGCAGCGUGGACGACACCUCUGAGAAGGUAUCGGCUGAACCUUCGGAAAAGGUGCUCGAUGAGGCUAAAUAGUGCUGCGGUUACACGUCUGCAGGGUGUGGCGUCAUAUGCGUAGCUUAUUAAGCGUCCCAGGGAGUCUCCUUGCUGCAGACUGCACAUAUCAGCGAGCCUCGGCCGCUGAGUGCAAUUACAAUAAGUACUUACAUAAUACUUACAUAUAUGUUACUUGUUAGUUUACCAUAGAUUAUCAUGUAAGUUCAGUGUUACUCCAACUUUCCAUCCCAAUAUAUAUUUGCCUGACAGUGAAAAGUGUUAAGUCAUUAAAGACAUUUCGUUUUUUUUUUUUUUUUCGUGACACUUUUUUCUCUCUUUUUUCACUAAAGGUAUCCCUGUGUUAAUGAAUUGUUUUGAUGUGCAUCAAUCUGCAUCGGCAUUGCCAGCGUAGAUGACUCAGAAGGGGAUUCGUUCAAAAAAUGGGAACAGAUAGACCUACACUAGAUAAUGAUAAGCGAAACCAAUUUAUAUUCGGUCUGCUAGACAUGGGAAAAAUUACGUUUGCAGGAUUCGGAAAGACAUCAUCGCGACGAUUUCUCCUCCGAGCUUCUUCUUAAGUCAUCUGAUUAUGUGAAGAUUCUACGGAUUCGGUUUUCUGAGUCACUGAUUCAGAUUUUGGGGUUCAUAUUGUUAUCCGACGCCGCGGACAGGUAGCCUCACUCUACCGUGCUUUUUGAAUGGACUAAUUAAUUGAAACUUUUACACAUUACAUUACUUCAAGCACCAUAUACAAUAAAUAUCCGUCGUCUGAAGUAUUCAUUAUCUUAAAGCUCCCUCAAACAUCACCAGCUGCGCAAAAUUAUAAUUUCUAGAUCCUUUUAUAAAUGCAAACCUGUUGAGAGAGAGAGAGAGAGAGAGAGAGAGAGAGAGAGAGAGAGAGAGAGAGAGAGAGAGAGAGAGAGAGAGAGAGAGAGAGAGA